AGUUCAGCAGUGCAGCUAUAAAGAACAGACCCUUUGUCUAACCUCACUCUUGAAGGAGACAUAGACGGAAUUGUUGGCGCGCAGCGCGCACGUUGUUGCAUGUUUAGAACGUGGUCUGGAAGUAGCUCUGUUGUACGAUAUUCACUAUAAUUUUGUAAUUCUUACUAAAGCUUAUACCGAUUCAUCGGCAAGAAGAUUUAAGUACGUGUCGAUUCACGUACUAGCUAUUGGUGGUCUCAUUCCUUUAUUUUUUGAAAUAUUUGUUUUAAAAUGAAAACUAAACAGGAAGGUAAGAAAGGGAAAAAACGAUCUUCUAAGGAGACUUCUCUUCCUGCAAGACUAGACCGAAAGUCUAAAAAUAUAGUUAAAAUCAAGAAUAAAAAGGAUAAAAUUGACAAUACUGUUCAAAAUGGGGACUCUAUGCUUAAAACUAAAAAGAAAACUAAAACUAUAAAGAAAGCUCUUAAGAAGAUAAAUAAGCAAAAGAAGAAGGAGAAGGAAAUAGAAGAACAAAAUAAUGGAAGUAUUGAAAAAUUAUCGAAAGCAAAAAUAAAGACAAAUAUAAAUGAAGAAAUUAAAUCAAUUCCUAUUGAAUCGAAAAAGGAAACUCUUAUUACAGCAACGGAAAAGAAAUUACACCAAUUAAAGAAUAAACAAUUAAAUCGUGAGAUGAAGAAGGCUUCUGUAUCUUCAUCUCCAACUAAUACAGUUAAAUCUAACAAAGCACUUCGACGUCAACGACGAACAAAAUUUAAUCAUCUUAAUAUGGAACAAAUGAAAAAAAAACUAGCUGAAAUCAGGAGCAGAGAAGUAUUAACAAAGACAGCAAAAAAGAGAAUCUCUGUAUUGCUUAGAAAGAUUACAGUGUUGGAAUCAGAGAAAAAACCUAAGAAAUCAGACAUAGUAAAGGAAGAAAAGACUAAGGAUCAAGCCUAUGUGUUUGUAAAGAAUGAAGAAAAAGAUAACAUCAUGGAUAAAAGAAAAGCAAAAGGAGAGCGUGGCAAGAAUAAAAAAGCUAAAAUCAAGACAGAACAGAAUAAUCAAAAUGACAAAGAUAAUAACGAUGAAGAUCAAAGUGAUACAGAAAAGGAAGAAGAAGAAAAAGGAGAAGCUAUGGAUAUUGCAAAAAAAGGUGUUGAUAUUGAAGAUGUCGAGGAUGAAGAGGACAAUGAAGACCAAGAAGAUGAUGAAGAAACAGCCGUAGUGAAAGUUAAAAAAGAAAAGAAGAAUAUAGUCACACAAAGCGGUAAAUCCUCGGAUGCUCCAGAAAAGAAAGGAACGAAAAAAAAACGAUAUGUUCUUUUCGUCGGAAAUUUGCCACAGAGUAUAACAGCAGAUGAACUGAAGCAACACUUCUUGACCAAGGUUAAAACAGUGACCAGUGUCAGGAUUCAAACUGAUCCGGCUACGAAAGCAUCACGUGGCUUUGCAUAUGUGGAGAUGUCAGACAGAAUAGAUUACGAGAAAGCACUUGCGCUAAACCAUACAUUCCUGAAGAAGAAAAGAAUAAAUGUGCAAUAUACAGCGCCUAAAACUGCGAAUAAGGCGAACAUUGUUGCUAAAAAUAAGAAACUGGAAGCUCUUCGCAAAGUUGGCAAGUUGGCCAAUGUUAAGGGAAAGAAAAAAUCUUCGAAAAAGGGAAAAGAGAAAAUCAUGAAAUCAGAAAUAUAACGCAAUCAAUAGGACUAAAAAGUAAGCACACAGUUUCCGAAGUUGUAUGGAAAAAUUAAUAUCUUUAACAUUACACAAAUGUCACGUCAGAAGAAUGGUUUAAAGCCUGUGUCACACUACGGACUGAAGAUCAAGGAUUGCGGAUUGAAGAUUGAAAUUUGACUAAUCGGAAUAAAGUAAAUCAAAACCGAAGUUCAUCGAUUUGUCGAAAUCUAAUCUUCAAUCCGCAAUCCUUGAUCUUCAAUCCGUAGUGUGACACGGGCUUUAGACAUAUUAAGAUCUUACAUUAUGACAAAUAGGACUGUUUUAUGUGAAGAAAAUACUUUACUGAUUGUUUACUUUUUGUUUAGCAGAUUCAUAUCGUUCAGUAUGUUCAUAUUAAUAGAUCGCUAUAUUUUACUACACAUCAGCUAUAUAUUUGUGACUACUUCCUCAGUAAUGAGAACUUUUUUCUCACAUAAAUAUUUUAAUAAAUUACAUAUGCAAAUAUUAUCAAUAUAUUAUACUAUACAUCAGCUAUAUAUUUGUGACUACUUCCUCAGUAAUGAGAACUUUUUUCUCACAUAAAUAUUUUAAUAAAUUACAUAUGCAAAUAUAGCACCAUGAUUUUAUUCAAACAUAUUAGAUUUGCGCUUUCUCAACUGACUGGUAAAUAUGUCGUGUAAAUGUUGCAUUUUUGGCCAUCAGUACGAUCCUUCAAAUAUGUAUACAUAUAUGUGUGUGUGUGUGUGUAUGUGCUCCACACUGUUGUAUUCGUAAAACAAACGAACGCGCACAUUUGUACUCCUAUUCAGCGUGAACUCGUGACAUUUGUCGUUGCAAGAAAAUACGCUUCUUGAAUGGAACGGGUCCUCAUUUCUGACUUUCGUACUAUUCUCUCUUUGUGACAUCAGCAAUGCAGAAUUCUGUGUAAAAAGCGAACUCUUAGCAGAACUUUAUGCAAAUUAAUUUGCGAAUACUUAUAAACGAGAAUGCGAUGUAUUCCACGACUUAUUUGAGAUUGCUGCCACUUCGCAAGAUUAGAUCGCAAUUUAUUUGUUGAAUAUUUAGUACAAGAAUGGAAGACAGUACGUGCGAACUAGAGACGAAUGGUGCUCAUGAUGAUAUACCAGAGACUAAAUUUGUAGAGGUAUAUAUUUGUGUAUAUUCUUAAGUACAUUGUCUUUAGUACGUUACUGAAGGUUAAUUUAAAAUCCCGAAUCAUAUAACCCCUUGAAUGUGUAUGUACACGUAUCGUAAAUAUUUCAUCAUGUUUCCCGAUCGUAAACUAAACCAUCGUUUGUAUUGUAUAAGUAAUCCAAUUGCUCGUAAAUCUUCAUACGUGCGACUUUCUCAUAGGAAGAAUAUUCCGAACGUAUCAUAUACCCGGAAGAGCUAAAUAAAUUCUUGCAAAAUCGUAUUUGUGUAAGUAUAAUUCUAACGUAGACAUAUGUGUAUAACUGAGGAAUAAAGAUAUUAUUUAAAGUGAAAA